GCGCAGUGGUGCGAUUUAAUAUGUCAAAUUAAAUAGCCCACACUUUUUCCAAAAGCCCACUAACCACUUCAUCCAAUAACUAAAGUGGAAAGCAAACUUAAAAACAACUUGCACUUUCCUUCUCCCACCAAUGUGGUAUUUCCUUUACUCUUUGACUACUCUAACACCUCUAACCCCCACCCGCCCCUCCCUCUUUCCGCCGCCUCCCCCGACGCUGUGAAAAAAAUCCUCCAAAAAACCCCUCAACCAGCCCUCACGGGCCUCCUUCAGCGACAAGCUAGCGAGGAACCAGUGCGUGGGGUCCAAAGAUGGGUGGCUGCUCCUCCUCCACCCGGGGAACCGCCGCCGCCGCAACAACACCUACCUCUUCCGCUUCUACCUCCACAACCCAAUCACCUCCUCCCACGUGUCCCUCCCGGACCUCACCCUGGAGAACAAGGACAACGAGCCGACCAUCUUCUGCACCGUCAUCUCUUCCUCCCCUGAUGAUGACGUGGAGCAGGACUGCCACGUGUUCGUCGGACACGCUGGCUUGGUCCUCCACCGUGGGUCGAGGAGGGCAAAAUUGGAAACUCGCAGCCCUUCACGAGCUCGACAUGGACUACAUCGUCAAGGACACGUCCUACUCCCGAGGCAAGCUCUUCCUCGUAGGUUCGGGCAAUCGUUUCGUCGUUGUUGACGUCAUAUUUGGUAACAAUCACAUCUACCACAGCGAUGACAUGAACAAACAGAUCAUCAAGGUGAAACCUAGUUCCCAAGUGUUUUAUCUGUCAAGAGAAAUGUUAGAUAAAGGGGACCGGGAGGAUGAAAGCAGGUUCAGUAACUUGUGCCAUCUCGACGAUGAUUUCCCACUCGUUAUUAUCAGUCGUUGCACCAAGGAUGGGGGCGUCACGUUCCGAUGUUACAAGCUGGUACUGCUAGAGCGAGGUGGUGGAGUUUGCUCUAGAGACGAAGGGAUUGAGUGGAAGGAAGUGACAAGCUUGCAUGGGUUUUCUGUGUUUCUGGGGUCUCACAAGUCCUUCGCCCUUGGUGGUGUGGCUGAUAAUAAUGGUGUGAAUUAUGGGGUUGGUGCAAAUCGGGUGUACUUCUCCUUCUGUUUUGCCGAGCAUGGUUUGUUCAUGAAUCAUGAAAUGUUUUGGUCAUGCCACCAGAACAAAUGUGGCGUCUUGGAUCUCGGUGGUGGUGGAGAGGUAGUGGAGUGGUUUCAUCCUUGUCGUGGUCUUGGUGAUCACAACUAUGUUUGGUUCCUUCCUUCGCCAUGGUAAGUAUAGUUACUUGUAUAAUUUACCAAUACUUAGUCAUCUUAUUCUAUCUACAGAGGCUGUCAUUUGUGAAGAGAGUAUCUAAUAAAUUAUUCAAAUGGGUAUGAAUAGACUAAAAGUCCAAUUAGAUCCAUUUGGGUCUGACCGUGAGUCAAAUUUGACUCGGAUAGAAUUCACUUAAGAUCCAAGUCAAAUCCAAAAUCAUUAUGAGUUCAUUUAAGUUCGAUUCAAUACCUUAUAUUGGAUAACGACAAUUGAGUCCAAUUACUUAAUAAGUCUACCCAAUGAGUAGUAAAUUAGCAACUUAAUUAUGACGGAGGGACAAAGAUAUAGAAUGGGUUGGUAGGAGGAACUUGGAAGAACAUAUGAUCUCAUAUCUAUAUGGCAAUGACAUACCGAUUGUUCUCACGACAAGGGGCCUUUAAUUUACACAUGGCAUUCGUUUCAUUGUUAAUAUACCAAAGAAUAAUUUUUGCAGGGAAAUUAUUAGGUACAUGCAACAAAGGAAGGCCAAGAAACCGGAUCGCCUGCCCGGCAAGAAGGACGAGAUAUAUGAUAAUUAAUUACUAGUAGCAUAUUGAUUUUUAAGGAGGAAGGGUGCGUCUGUACUGGAGUGGGGCUUCUUGAUUGAAGUGGGAACUGAGAAAAUAUUACUGUGGUAAGUAAAACUACGAUCACCUCCACUUUCACUUUCCAGUAUUGCUAAUGCUACUGCGUGGAAACUCGUUGUUGGACAAUGUUGUUUUAAUUCACUCUUUGAAAAAUGUUCAUCUCUUGUGUGUUUAUGAAACUUUGACUCGUUGUUGGACAAUUUCUCUACCAAAUACGGAACGCUGAGUCUUUAUUUGUUGAUGUAAGUAAUACAUGAUUUGAUUUAGAAGUUCAUUCAAUGAGUCAUAAAUAUCGACUCAUGCUCAGACUUAUCAUGAAAUUGUGUUGAAAGUUCCAAACAUUUAGCAUACCAAUUAAUGAUAUGGUUCAAUUAUCUAAUUCUGACUUAUAUAGUUGGUGGAGGUCUGUAAGUUUUUAUAUAGGAUCUUGUGUCGAGAUUUCUGAACCAAUACAUACACUCAGUUCAUUAUUGUAUGACAUGCAUCAGUCUAUCCGUUUUUAAUGUCUAAUUUAAUCCUCAAACAAUAAUUAUUGUUAAAAAUGCACAGAGAACAAUGAUUGAUGAUUUUGAUUUAUUGAGAUAUAUCCAAUGUGUCAUAUCCAUCAGAUGAUGAUUUAGAGAAUUAGGGUAUAUGAGUUCAGUCACUCUAGUUAGAUUGCAUUUAUAGUAUACCCCAAGUUUUGAUUAAUUCGUGGUAUAGAUAACAUUACUUUACUAAGGGCAUGAUGUAACCCCAAAUUCAACAAGCGCACAAUAUAAUUUCUCGUAUAUAUACAUAAUUGAUUCGUUAAUUCAAAGAUUAGUUAGUGAUAUUGGACACAUAUAUUGACUAAUGACAUUUAGUCUUUCACUUAUUUGUUAUGAUCCUCAACCCUUAGUGCAAUUAUUAGCGAGUGAUUUUUGUGAUUCUUUUGAAAAUAUGUUCUUGCGGAACCAUUGCAUUCUCUUAUACUCAUAUGUGAUAAUAGCUAGACCAACAAAUGUCAAAUUUUGUAUUUUGAAAUAAAUAUUUGUAUACUAUUCGAGAAUAAUCCGUCUCUUCCCGCAAAUUAAAGACAUGUAACAUAAAUCAAUUUAUGAGUUAAACAUAAAAUUUGUUGUUUGAUUCUCAAUUAAAAUGUUUGUGAUUAGAGAUAUAAAAUUAAGUUGAUUUAUAUUUUAUAGAGCUAGGCAUAUCAGGAUGAAGAGUUUGGUAGAAAACUAAAAGUCAUUGGUUACUUGAACGCUUGAGUAAUGCAGCGAAUAAACCCUAUGAUUUCGA